AUGGCCGGAGACGGAGUGUAUGUGUUUGUUUUGUGUCUUGUUGGCAUUACUGCAUCUCCAGCAAAUGUAUCAUUGAAAUGUUUAAAAGACACUAUGGAUUACCUGUCGGAUCUCAAUGCCAAUGAACCCAAAUCCUACGCUUUUCUCAAUCUAUUUCAAAAUCGGGGAGCAUCGUUCCUGGCCUCUCUACCUAAUUUUGUAAUCCAGAAUGGAACCGGUGUGACGGUGGCGGAGACGGUCUGCUCCCGUGGUCUGUUUCCUGCUGACUCGUUUGCCAUUGUCUGUCUGUGCCUCAGCGGCCUGUUACUCAUCCUGCCGGUAAUUGGGUCCAUUUACACCGCGGUUCUCAGUGUCAAAGCCUCAUCAUCAUUUGCGCAGUGCGAGCCCAUCCUGUCACAUAAGACGCAGAGAGCUGAGGAGCAGCCUGCAGUGAAAUCCAAUUCUCCACCGGACGAGGGCUACAGAAAUGAGAAGACGCAAAAUAAUCCUUUUGAAUGGAAAUCAAGAGUACUGGAGAAGCCGGUAUACUUCUACACGUUGAGUGGUCCCGUAUAUCUCGGUGUGGACACAUUUUUCUUCCUAAGCGGAUUUCUGGGAGCCAAAUCAUUUCUAAAAGUGACUGAGCAAUCCGGAAAUGAAGCAACUCUGGCCGUGGUGAUGCGGUACGUCUACAGAAGAUUAAGGAGAGCGAAACGCGUUAUGUUUGCUGCAGUGACGCUGAUAUUCCUCACCUGCACUAUCGCCACCACUUUGCUUUCCUUCUUUUUAAAACUUUCAAUCCGUUACCCAAGAGGUGAAAGCCAAUCACGUAUGAACUACUGGGUGGAGUAUUACACAAAGCCAUACUGCAGAUAUGGACCCUUCUUAGUCGGUAUAAUCCUUGCAAUUAUGCUUUCCAAAGAGCAGAUCACAUACGUAAAGAACAGGAUGCACGCUGUCACCGGCUGGCUGACGGCUUUGCUCAUCAUAGUCUUGGUAAUGGCACUGGCAUUCAUACUGGAUGAUACUCCUACUUCCUACUCCAUCAUGGCUGCACUUUACCAAGGAGUUCACAGGUCUCUCUGGGCAGUCGCACUUGCCUUGGUCCUUGUACUGUGUCAUGAAGGAUACGGAGGUCACUUAAAUAAAAUGCUAUCCUGUAGCAUGUGGAGCAUAUUAUCUAGGAUCAGUUAUGCGUGUUACAUGGUACACCCUAUCAUUAUAAUACUGUACUGUGGCCUGCAAGAGACCCUCUUUCACUAUCAGGAUAUUAACAUGUUGUACCUGUUUGUUGGACACUCCGUACUGACGUUCAUCGCUGGACUGGUUCUCACAGUGUUGAUUGAAAGACCGUUCCAACAAUUGCUUCUCAAUUAGUGGCACAGUGUGUACAUACUGAAUCAUGUUAAAUUAAACCACAUUAUCAAUCAUAUAAUCAUUGGGCUGCACUGGACUACAGUGAGGACUGGAGCAGGUUUUAUAGUACUAUACAAUACAUACAACGCACAGAGUAAAACGUUUUGUCCCAGUACUGCCAUAAGUAAAUGCGUAUUCUGGUCUCCUGUGACUCUGGUCGGAGAAAGUUGUCACAGGACGUCCGGUAUCACAUGAGGAACUUCCCACCUGAUUAGUAGAGCGAUCAGGUUUAUUUUAUGAAUCGCAAAGGGAUUGGUAUGAUUAUAAGACAUUCGAAGUGUCGACGUGUAAUGUUGAAUAGAGUCGGCAUACUCUGUUCGAUAUUACACUGCCGACAAUUUGAUAGUCAACAUUACGAAUGUUAGAUUCACCACUACUAUAUAAAUGCAUUCUAGGUGCAUGUCCACUUCCCACUUACUGGAACUGUCACAUGAAAAUAAAUCUGCGUCCACCUUUGCCGGUUUGUGGACACACCAGUGGAAAUGUGCAGUGGAAAGAGUAAAAAGUCCCUUCAAAUUCCAAACUACUACAUCGGUUGAGGGGGGAACAGGGGGGCCAGCUGCGGACCAGCGAGACUUUUACCUGCUGCGCCCAGCUGUGUGCCCUGCAGUGGCUUAUUCACUGGAUGAGCAGCCGACUUCCGCGUCACGUGACCUCCUCUGCGUAACCAGAGGAAGAAGAGGAGGGAACGUAUCAUUUUACGAAGGUUUCUAGAGAUGGCUAGUGGGUGUGGACAUGUGGCAUUUGGGCAUAUGUGGGGGCAUGUGGGCAGGACUAGGUAGCAUGUGGAUGGCAUGUGGGGAAGUCUGGGCAUUAUAUGAGUGGCAUGUGGGAAAGUGUGGGUAUUAUGUGGUGGAAUUAUGGGGAAGUAUGGUUUGCAAAUGGGUGGCAUAUGGGAGAAUGUGAUUGAAGUGAUUGAAAUGGGGGGUACAAGUGGUAUCUGAGGGUAUUUCAAGGCAUUUUAUGGGAAGUGGUGGUCUGAGUGUAUGUGGGGGAGAUAUUGUGACAAGUGCCUGGGUGGCAUUUAGUGGAAUUUUGGCACAUGUGAGGGACAUUUGGGGGAAAGGACAUGUGUGAAAGAGAUUUUACAUGUAUGUGUUCAGUUGGAUGCUGUUUCCAGCUGUACAUCACUAGCAUAUGCGUCAGAGUGACAGCUCUGUGUAUUUACACGGUAUACCCCACAAAUGUUAGACAGCUUUAUUUUUACACAAUUUAGAUUCCAGUUUGGACACGACCCCCCCCCCCCAAAUCUAACUCUCUCUGCACGUUACAUCUGCCCCACCUGCAGUGCACAUGGUUUUGCCCAGUUGCUUAUUUUUUUGCUUUACUUACAAACAUGAAUCAGGCCUAAAGGCGCAGCCGAGGUGCCAUUAGUUCCCACCUCGGAAUCAGCGCCAUAAUGCGCGAUCAUGUGUCAAACCUUAUAGAAUGCGAUUUGAAUGCUCUACACA